AUGUCGGGAGUAAAAAUUUCUGGACAAACCGAAAUUAACCCAUCUUCAUCUGCAGAAAAAAACGUUCCUCCCAUCAAUGCCAAGAGUUCUGAGGCUUCGUUUGCUGAUCCUUUAGUCACGGAAACAAUAUCGAACGCCUCGACUCAUUCUAAAGCCUCAUCAGUUGGAUCCUCAGACAAAGACAGGCCCUCUGUUACAAUUAACACGUCCGGUGUUAGUCUUAACAAAGGUUCCGCUGACAAAAUCUCUCACUCAGAUACCACCCAAGCUAGUCAAGAGACUAUCAAAACGGGGUCAACGGCACCCUCCGGCACGUCAGUGACCACGCCAGAGGGGACACAAAAGUCGUUACAAUCAAUCUUGUCAAAGAAAAGUAUGAGUCGGACUACACUAACAACCAGCAAGACUUCCAGUUUAGGGAUAGAAUCGUCAGACAUCACCAUGAGCUCAAGUAGACGCAGUAGAGCUUCCUCGAAACGAAUGAGCAGCAUAUUUAAACGCCCCUCAGUUCCUGAGAGCACCAUCAGUUUUCGAAACCCGUUGGACGAUAUGACAAACGCCGCUUUGGUUAAUGCCGUAACGGAAUUAGAAAAAAGUGCCAAACAUUUGGAGCUGGAAAACAUGGUUUUCCUCCACUUUUUGGAAAAAAACGAACCGUCACUACUCGAAGGUAUGGAUAACGUGUUGAAAAACGUCCAAACAAUCCAGGACCGUGCCUCGCUUUCUUCCAAAAGACUGACACUGACGAGAGCUUCGCGCCAGUCAACAAUUUUGUCAUACUCAACAAGUUCCAUAACCCCCACAGUAUUAGAGAAAGAAGGACCAAGAAUCAAUAUUACGCAGAAGACUGAUUUGAUACUGCGAGAAAUGGACAAUAUUCAAGCAGCGUUGAAUAAAAUCAACAGAAAGUGCUACGUUAUUAGGCAUAAAUUGAAAGCAGAGUUGGAGGAAAUGGCAAUUCGCGAAAGUGAAAUACAAGAAAUCAAAGAUACGUUUGAAAGAACAUUUAUUACUAACGAAUUAUCAGAAAAGUAUUCGCAAAAGAAUCCAGCGGAUCGUUUUUGUCGGUUUAUGGACGAAACUUUUAAAAAAACUGGCGCUACGAUUGAUAAACUGCGCCUAAGGACGAGCUCUCUAAAAGUGCAGUACCAGAAAAUAUGCGCUCAAUUAACGCAGAAGAAGUUACUGGGCGAGCACUUGCAAGAGGUGGAUUUUGAGCAGCUCGAAAUUGAUAAUAAGCACUUGAGGGAGAAAAUCGAUAAAAGGAAUUUGCUGCUUCUCGAACUGAAAAGAAUGAACGGCCGCGCGAAUUUACUGCUGAGCAAUCAGAAGAAGCAUCUGCUCAAGAAAGUGACCGAUCUAAAAGUGUAUCAAGACACAAUCAAAAUGCAAGAGGAGUUGGUUCGGAAAAUCGACGACGAAUGUGAAAAGGUUUCCGAAGAACUGGAGGCAACCAAGGAAGAGCACGAUAAAAUUAAAACCAAGAGUGAAAAUUACGAGGUUCCUUCUGUUUUAGAGUAUGUGAAAAAGAAAGCUGAGUUGGGCUUGCUGAAGAAAAAUCUAAAGAUUUGGGAGAGACGGAAACAAAUCAAAGAAAUGGCACUUACUGCCUCUGUGAGGGAAAUGAAACACGCGACGGGCUUACCAGCUGCCAAAUCUUCUUGGUUUAUUAAUCCUCAUGAUAUGCAUCGCGGAAGAGGGUCAGUUGAAAGCACAUUUGAGUUUAUGUUUGAACGCAAAAUGAGGCUUUCGCUGAUAAUGCAAAAGAAGAAAAGUCGUCGUCGCAAGACGCAGUCGAUGGAUUACUCUGUGGGUAGUCUGUCCGAUUUAAUAACUGGCUCGAAUACUCCCAACAAGAAGAAUGUGGUCAGAAAAAAGAUAAGUCUUAAAAAUACAGAAUCCACUUCAGCACCUCAAGACUCAGAUGAACCUUCAGAGUUUCAAGAAAAGAAACCAAAAAAGAAAGUUAAGGAAAGUAAUACGAAAAAAUCCAAAAAGCGAAAGCUAGAGACAAGUGAUGAGAGUGAACCUGUGGUGAAAAAGGAGAAAAACUCUGAAAACGCGGAAAGACGUGUUAAUUCAAAAGAAAAAAAAGAAAAAUUUGAAGAGGACCCGGAAAAACUUUCGAGGACAGUGUUUAUUGGAAAUUUACCAAUUUCCUCAAAUACAAAGCAGAUUAAACAAUUUUUCAAAAAAUAUGGAAACGUGGAAAGUGUAAGGAUUAGAGGAGUUCCUGUCGCGGAUCCCAAACUACCCAAAAAAGUUGCGAUGAUUAAAAGAGAAUUCCAUCCAGACCGUAAAGGUUUUCACGGUUACAUUAGGUUUGAGUCCAGAGACGAUGCUAUCAAAUCAACAGAAGCAGACGGUGUUCUCUUCCAAGAGCAUCAUUUAAGAGUUUGUAUGUGUGACGCGAAGGAAUCUCCAGAUGAAGAUAAAGCCAUUUUUGUUGGAAAUUUAAGCUUCUAUGCAGAGGAGGACGAUUUAUGGAAAACAUUCGAAUCCUGUGGCCCCAUUGCCUCCGUCAGGAUUGUAAGGGAUGGGAAAACCGGGAUCGGAAAAGGAUUUGGUUUUGUCAACUUCAAAAAUUCCGAUUCGGUUACACUUGCGCUAGAAAUGGAAAAUGUUACACUGAAAGAUAGGGAAUUAAGAAUCAAAUUAUAUAACUUUAAAGCCGCAAAGAAUGACAAAAAAAUGCGCAAAGCGAAAAAGGUAAUAAAUGCUGGAAAACGCAGAUAUGCGAAAAAUGCGGAGAAAACUGAUGACGUAAAAGGAGAAUUUGAGGAAAAGCUGCAUUUGAAGGGAAAUCAAGCUUUUCAAGGCGUUAAGCAUGCAGAGAAAAAGAAAAAGAAAUUCAACAAAGGGUUGUUGCAAAAGAAAAAAUUGGUUAAGCAGAUAGCGCCAAAAUAAUUUUUUACUAAGUUCAAUUAUUGUAACACUGGACUAGGAAUGAUACUGAAUAAACUUAAUCCAGAUCA